GCACCGGCUGAGACGACGUCCGGGGGCGGCGAGUCGACGGACGAGGACGCGACGGUGUACGUGCGCAACUUCUUCGAGACGCCCGUGGACCUGGUCCCAGUGGACGUGGACCUCGACGGUGGCGCCGCGCCGUUGCGGCGCUUCACGGCGUCCUUCAGCUCCACGGACAUCGGGGACGUCGUCCUUGGCCACGGCAGCACGGUGCUGCUGGACAUUUGGGCCAGCCUUCGCGCCCAGGGCGUCAUGGAUGGCGCGUUCGUGAACGCGACGCGCUGGGUGCGUGGCGGGACGGCGGGGUCUGGCGAGAAUUCGGAGCCAGCCUCGGACGACGAGGCGCCCACGUCCUGGACUUGCCGGGACUGCCUGGCUCCGAAUCGCGCGGGGCUCGGGUGCUUCCAGUGCGGCACGGCGAACCCGCCCCUCGUGGGCCUCCCAUCCAGGGACGGUUCCUGCUCUCUGGGGUCGGAGCAGAGCGGCCACGACGACGGCCCCACGCCGGUGGACGCCGACGACCUCUUGCCGCUGCCGCCUCCCGCCGAGGACGUGGGUGUCGCGGUGGCCAUCGUGGACGCCGCCGGCAAUGUGGUCAUGGCUGGUGGCGGGGGCGACAGCGGCGACGGCACGGAGGAGGUGUCCGCGGACGACCUCGCGGCAACCGACGGGGCGGCCCGCGGCGACCCUCCGCGCCCCGCCGACGGGGCGGCCCACGGCGGCCCGCCGCGCCCGGCCUCUGACGGAGCGGCUGGGGCGCCGCCGCCGCCCCCACCGCCUCUGCGCUUGGAGCCCAGGUGGGCCUUCGACACGUUCGUGACGGUGCUCCGCUCCGCGGAGUCGGCCGUUCGCACGGCGUGGAUCCAGCGCGUCCUGCCCGAUGUGGCCCAGCUCUCGCUCGACCGUCCGGCGCUGGGCGCCCCGCAGCCGCAGCUCCCAGCGGGCCCCUCGGGCGUCAGCCUGGUCACGGCUACCCGCGGCGCGGCGCCCAUGCAAGACGACGGCGGGGCCCCGUCGGGGUCUGAGGCGCACGAGGUGGAUACGAUCCGCAGGGCAGCGGGCGCGCGGCCAGCGACCCGCGGGCCGAUGGCAGCGGGGUCGGGAGCCGCGCGGCAAGGGGAGCCGCCAGCCCUUCCGGCGGCGCGCCUCCAUGACGGCCCCAGGCCGCGGGGGCGGGCCGACCCGCGGCGAGCAGCAGGCCCCUACGGCGACCCUUCGGGUUUCGCCGACGCCUUCGACUCCGGGCGCGACGGAGCCGGACAGGCCCACCCAGGGAAUUGGGCCUCCCCUGGGUGGCACCGCAGCAUCGCCCUCGCCUCGCCGUUGCCGCCGUCAGACCACGAGCGCGACCUUUUCCCCGUGCCGCUC